GAGACGAUGAACUUACCACGAUCUCUUUUAACCCGACCCGAACUUACUUUUUAUGUCCAAGGUGACAUACCCAAGGAACAUACCCUUUAUGUGAGUGUUAAAAAAGCCAUAAACGUCAUUUAAACGUCGCGUGCCUUUGGAAUUGUUUUCAACGGUUUGUUAUUUUUGCAUCGUGGUGUUUGGUAUAAAAGCAUGCCACUAUGCCUUGCCAAGUAUUCUCGUCCUAAACACCUCAGCUGUUCCGUUCUCCAACUUCCGACACCAUGGUCGUCAUUGUAGCUGCCUGUGUCAUCUUCGCCAUCACUGGUUCUGCCUCUGCUGCAACUCCCACCAACUGCACCAUCUCUGGAUGUGGGUUUGGAGGCAAAUGUAUCGACAAUGCUGCUGGGACGGCGUCCACCUGCGUCUGCUACCAAGGAUUCGAACUCAGCUUCCAGACAUUCGAAUGCAUAGACAUCAACGAGUGUAACUACACCAGCGCCGCCCUGUGCCCUAACGGCUUCUGUCACAACAUGUACGGCGACUACAAGUGCAACUGCUCCCGGGGCUUCGUGCCGCACUACCCCGACGGAAAGACUUGUGUGCGACCUAUAUUCCCUAUCAUCAACAACAACAACAACAACAAUAACAACAACAACAACAUCUUUGGCAACAUGCCAAUCUGGCUCUUGUCUUUGCUGUUUGGAGAGAUGUAAGAAGAACAACAUCUUAACAGUGUUCUAGUGUGUCCAAGUAGACAGCGAAGGAUCGCAACACGUCUGGCAAUAGAUCAAUAAAAACAAAUGUACUGCAAUGAAUAAAUAUGA